AUGACUCCUCCCGAUUCCCCGUCCACCCCUUGCAGUUCCACCGUAAAACGCAAGAAGAUUGUCAACGCCCCUAAAAUUGAUGGAAAAGACCGGACUCCAUGCUCAAAAAACAAAACCUCCGUGGAAAGCGAAGAUGAAGCCACUCCUCGACCCAAAAGGAAAGCGGCCGUGGAUGCUGUAGGUCUUCUGGCUUCCGAGAGAUUGACUUACAUCCACUAUUUCGGCCGGCAUCCCGGCUACAUUCGAGUGGAAGAUCCGUAUUGUUGUACCAAUUUGUAUGAACUGCUCCCAAAAGCAGGUGGAGUGACAGCGCACUCAACAGGACUUGUGUUCGCUUCUCGAAAUGACGGUAAGACUUUUUCACCAUUUUAUGUUGCCAUUUAGUGAAGAAUCUGAACCCAAUUAAUAUGAGGUUGAACUGUGUGACGGGUCUAUGUGUUUUUCGAAACUCAAGUGGAAUCGAAGAAGCAAGAAAAUAUUUUAAUGCGGUUAAGGAGAUACUAAGGAAACCAUUAGUGUAUCCUCGCGAAGAAGAAGCCAAAUACUACAUUCCAUAUAACACGAUCCCUCCGUUCCAGUAUUCGAAGUAGAGUUCAGGUAAUAUAUUGCAAAAAAUGCUGCUUAGAAGGUUGAGAAAUUUAAAAAAAUUUCAGAAGCCCAUGCCAUAUUUGUGGAUAUGGAAGAAGUGAACUGCAAAAAAAAUGGAAAGAACCACAAGUCGCCGAAACGAUGGACACUACCGAGGCGGGAAAUCCUGAAGGAAACCCGUCUCCACCUACAUUCAUCGAAGAUGAUGACAUUGAAGGCAGCUUUGAAGAUGAAUACGAGAAUGUAGACAGAGAUGAAAAUGUGGAAGUGAAUGUGGGAGAGAAGGAGAAUCAUGAACCAGGCGAUCUCGGCUGUCUUCAAAGACCUGAAGAAGAUGUGGAUGUAGAAACGGUGGAAGCGGAGGAUAAUAAUGAACCGGAUGUUUCUCUUCCUGCCAACGCCGAACUGCCUGCCAUCCCUGGUCAAAAUAUGAGGAAAUCAAGGACGGAUGUCAUCAAUGAAUUGAGGAAACAAUUGGAACAAGUCGAAGGAAUGGACCGAGAAGUCUUCCAGGAUGAGCAGAACCGCAAUGGGUUGGACGAAGGAAUCGCCCAACUGAUCAAUUCCUUGAAACAAAAAAAAAGAAUCCUAAUGACGGAUAUAUUCUUGUUAUUUGUUAUAAAAUGUUUCAUGAACUUUUAG